AAAUUUUUAAUCCCAUCCGAAAACAAACGGCCGAUAGUAUCACUCGCUUGCCAAUUCCUUCCCAUUUCGCCGGAAGGCAAACCCAGGUAAGGUGUGCGGUAGACAACGUGUUUUUUACUAGUGCUAAAAAUGUUCUUAUAUUAUGAGACGGAAAGAGUAGUUGACAAGCUGCGGCGCGUCAGUAACAGGAGGCUUAGCAGUCCCGCUCUUGAACCUUUCAAGCUGUGGUUCGGCUGGUCCGCCGAUGGGCUGUUUUAAUUUCCGUCCGGGGUUUUUCUGUUGUGGACCUGGGUUGGCUUACCCUUGGUGACUUCCAUCGGGGACCUCCUUUUUCAGACAAAAAAACUGUAAAAACCAACAAUUAACAGCUCAUUUGCCAUUUGGUCCAACCAUGUGCCUGCAUCCUGCUCUCGAUUAGGAUGUUUAUAUGUAUGCACUUGGCAAUUACUACAAAAUACGUAGAUAAUUUUCAUUGGGAACGGAAGGAAAUGUCUGUCUCAGGAAACUGUUCUGUGGGUGUAGAUCGGUCAAAUUUAUACGCGCACACUAGUCUCAACGGACCAAACUCGAGAGAUAGAGAUGACCUGCAAGAUCCUGCCAUCUAUCACAUCGCCCAUCCUUCCCCGAAACUUCUACCCAGGACCAAAUGCCCUCGGAACAUGUAAACGAAGGCAUGAGGGCGGACAGCGAAUCACCUGUUUAAAGAUCAAAGCAGAGAAUGGAACACUACUGCUGACUUAGCUAGCUAGCCAAGCAGCCAUGCCUCUCUUGCCAAGCCACCACCAGCAGCAGCUGCUGCUGCUUCUCCUCUUGGUUGCCGUUGCCGCCUCUCAUGGCGAUUCAUCCGAUGACACCUACGAUUCCUCCAUGUGCCUGAACGAGCCUUCCACCUGCGGAGGCGUGAACAUCAGAUACCCGUUCUAUCUCGCCGGGAAGACAAAUGAUCUGAAGGGCAACAACAACUCCUACUGCGGGUACCCUGGCCUGGGGAUCCUCUGCGACGACAACAAGCCCAUCCUGCAGCUCAACGGCACCGCCAACUACACGGUCAAGUGCAUCGACGGCGCGCUCGCAACCGUCUCUCUAGCCGACCCGAACGUCGACGACGACCUCAACCCCUGCCCGAGACCAAGAAUCGGCCGCAACGUCACUUUUCAAGAGGGAUCGCCGCUGUACUUUCCUGACAGCACGGUCGAUUACCUUAUCUUCUUCAUCAACUGCACCUUCUACCCACCGAGCGACAUCCACCCGAUCGGCUGCCAAAGCUUUUACGGUGGUCUUGGUCUUGGACCCUCGUUCGUGCUACCGGAUGAUGCAGUGCCUUCCGGCAACAACUGGGCACAAGCGUGCAGCCAAGUCAUAGAACUGCCUGUGCACAAAUACGGCGAGAUCAACGUUACUCACCCUGGAUGGGCAAACAGUGGAUAUGCCAGUGUUCUUCGUCAGGAAUUCCAGCUGGGAUGGAACGAGAGCGGGAAACCCCCGGCAUGUAUCCAGUGCGAGGGAUCCAAUUCCAAGGGACGGUGCGGUCACAGCCGGACUGGGGACUUCAUAGGCUGCUUGUGCCCUGACGGCCGAGUACACUCCGAUGAUAAUUGUGAUAAAACCCGUCGUCAAUACUCGAAGAAAACAACGAGAAUUUAUAUAAUAGCAGUCAGCUCGAGCAUACCUAUGCUAUGUCUACUCUUCUUUGCGUUCUGGUUGGGCUACAAGAAGUACGGAUGCAAAAGAAAAUCAAAGGAAACAGCCAGGAUUGAGUCCUACCUACAAAAGAAUGGAACGGUCCAUCCGAAAAGAUACGCUUACGCACAAGUGAAAAGAAUGACGAGAUCUUUUGCUGAAAAGCUAGGUCAAGGUGGGUUUGGUGCUGUUUACAGAGGCGACCUCUCUGAUGGUCGUCAGAUAGCAGUGAAGAUGCUAAAGGACUUCAAGACUGAUGGCGAGGAUUUCAUAAAUGAGUUAGCUAGCAUUAGUAGAACUUCUCAUGUGAACGUUGUUACUCUCUUAGGAUUUUGCUUGGAAGGAUCCAAAAGGGCACUAAUUUAUGAAUACAUGCCUAAUGGUUCACUUGAAAGGUAUGCUUUCAAAGAUAGCUCCGAAGGUGGAAAUACUUUAGGUUGGGAGAAAUUAUUUGAUAUAGCAGUGGGCAUUGCUCGAGGCCUUGAAUAUCUCCACAGAGGAUGCAACACUCGCAUAGUGCAUUUUGAUAUCAAGCCCCACAACAUUCUGUUGGAUCAAAACUUCUGUCCAAAGAUCUCUGAUUUCGGACUAGCCAAGCUGUGCCUCAAUAAAGAAAGUGCUAUUUCCAUUGGUGGUGCAAGAGGAACAAUAGGCUAUAUUGCCCCAGAGGUUUAUUCGAAGCAAUAUGGAGCAGUAAGUAGCAAGUCUGAUGUUUAUAGUUAUGGAAUGAUGGUUCUUGAGAUGGUUGGUGCAAGGGAUAAGAAUAUCAGUCCAAAUAAUGAAUCUAGCAGCCAAUAUUUCCCUCAAUGGAUUUAUGAAAAUCUAGAUGAAUACUGUGUUAGUGCUUCUGAGAUUAAUGGAGAAAUCACGGAGGUUGUGAGGAAGAUGAUAGUGGCUGGGCUGUGGUGCAUUCAGUUACGUUCUACAGAUCGUCCAACAAUGACUAGAGUCGUCGAGAUGCUUGAAGGGAGCACUACUGGCCUUGAAUUGCCACCAAAAGUGCUCUUGAGUUGAUAGGUUUAUAUUGUUCUCGUCAACUUGCUCCAGUAUUGCCUAAUCUGUAAACAGACUGAAAAUUUUAAUUUUCAAAAAAGACUAAAGUUUGAAUACUUGUGAGUGUGUAUGUAGGUGGUGGAGAAUCCACCAAAUUAUUGCCCGACAGUGACCAUAUAGCACUCUUUUGUGCAGCUGUCUCAGGUUUCAAUCCUAGCUUCGAGCUUUUGAAACGUCGAUCCCAUCGAUGAAGGAAAUAUGCCCUAGAGGCAAUAAUAAAGUUGUUAUUUAUAUUUUCUUA